AAAAGAGGUAAGCUUCCUUUGCAGUGGUCUGGAAUAGCGUGUCUCAGAAAGCUCUGUCUUUAGCUCUCGUUACAGGUUCGCGCGCGGUUCAAGGCCCUUGGCUCAAGACACCGACACCAGAAAACUUUUUAGAAAGCGGGUAGCCUCCUGCCAAAGUAAUGUGGAUCCGGAUUCAACACAGGACUAUCCUCUAUACACUGACCAUCGGUCUCAUAACUUAUUGGCUCACUGACUGGAGCACGAGUUGGUUUCUGCGCAAGAGCCCCCUCCUCCUCCUCCAGAAGCAAACAAACUGGAGUGAUCAGUCACAUCUCCCCAACCACGAUGACAUGAUGAUGAUGAUGACCGCUCUGCAGCAACAAAUACCAGAAGGCGGGAAUUCUUCUUCUUCGAAUAACGGCCAGGAAUUAGCUGCCCAGAGCGGAGACAAUCCAGUUGUGGCAGAGGCGGAUGGGUCAUACCUCGGAGUUGAUAAAGAUGGCUACGAGGAGCUGGAAGCACCAAAGGAAAACUACGAAAUGGACGGACAGAAUGUGUCUCGCGUCGAGGACCUGGUCAACGUCAUCACAAAACUAGCCAGGAUGAAGGGUAGAAGCGGCUUAAAAAACUUGAUAAGGAAGGCUUUGGGAAGUCUGCCUCGUCUUCCGGAGAUAUCGCCACACCUUGCUGAGGAGGCAAGCCGAACGCUGACGACGGCGGUGCCCCCUGCAGCUAGAAUCACGUACAACGACACCUGGCGAGGCCUGCGCCUACCGGUGAUUACCUGCUCGCCACUCGGGAGGCUGGGCAACAACAUGGGCGAAUAUGCAACGUUGUUUGCCCUCCGUCACAUCUACAACGUAACGGUGGUCGUUCUCGAUACUAUGAAGGAGCGACUGAGAGAUUUCCGUCACCUGUCUCUUCCAGAUUUCCCGGGAACCUUCCACAAAUCCGAGUGGAAGGGAAUGGGCAAUUUCGGGAGUCUGUACAACUACGCCCCCAUUGAACUAGCAGCUUCCGGUCUCUUCGGUCCAGGAAAGUUUGUCUUGCGAGAGUACGCCUUUGAAAUUCAGUUAUUUCACAAGUUCAAGAAAGAGCUGAAACGAGAAUUCACUUUCCCUGAUGAGAUUAACACGAAGGUGCGAGAAUUUUUCGACACUCUCCGUAAGAACGCGAGUGAUGCCAGUCAUACGGAUCCAGUGUUCGUUGGUUUCCACAUCAGGAGGACCGACUACCUCAAACAUGCAAAGAUGAUGUUUGGGGCCAAACUUCCCGACAGCCUGUACUUCGACCGCGCCUUGGAUCACUACAGAGCGAAGUUCCCGGGAAAAGUGGUGUUCGUCGCAGCGUCCGACGACCAAGACUUCCUCAAAGGGGCGUUUACCAAACAUCCAGACGUCCGGCUCUCUCCAGGUACGUCGUCGACAUUCGACAUGGCUCUAUUGUCUUCCUGCAACCACAGCAUAGUAACCAUGGGCAGCUACGGUUUCUGGACAGGCUUUCUGGCAGGAGGAGAAGUUGUCUACCCGGAAGUCAAACUACGAAGAGAAUACAGGUUCUCUCGAGCAAUGUACGAGAAGAUUGGACUUGAGUCUUUCACACCACUGCCGGUCGAAUAAGAAAAUUGAUUACCUGAAUUUUGACGUCCUAUGCAAGACUGAAUUUUUUAAAAAUUGAAUAAAAGUCGUGUUUUAC